UAAUCUGUUUGUCUACAGCCGAGCGAUGGUAUAAAUACUGCUGACUCGGCAGCCUGGGCGUAGCCGUCACUCUAUCGCUCCAUCGUCAACCACGUUGCUCUAUCACUCGCCAGCACUGCUUGAGUUGUUGAACCUUGAUCUGUCCUCUCUUCCUUUCUCGUUUCUCUCGCUCUCUCGCUCUCUUUUCAUCUAGGCGUCAUGGCGGCAGCAGUACACGAAAAACUGCACGAGCGCGUAAUGGGUUGGAAGAAAGACGUAAACGAUUGGCUGCACGAAAAGAACUGCUUCACAGAUACUCUGGAGAAAGUGGAGAAGAAGACUGGCGUAGAUCGAUUGUACAUCUUCUCUGGUGGCGCUGGCGUGUUUUCCAUUUAUAUGGUACUAGGCUACUGGGCGCAACUUGUAUGUAAUUUCAUCGGAUUUGUCUACCCGUCAUACAGAUCAGUGAAGGCCAUAGAGAGCAGUGAUAAGGAUGACGAUACGAAGUGGCUCACCUACUGGGUUGUCUUCGCUUACUUCAGCGUCAUCGAAUUCUUCGUCGAUAUCGUUCUAUCCUGGUUCCCCGUCUACUGGCUCGUGAAGGUCGCCUUUCUCGUCUGGUGAUGGCGCCAUCUCAAACGUAACGGCGCGCCAGGGGAUCUACGAAAACGUCCAUCAAGCCAUUCAUCAAGUCGCGAGCACAGAAGAGGGCAUCGAUUCCACGAUCGAUGAGAUCAAAGAAGCGCCGAGGACACUCUCAGCAGCGCCGCCGAGAAGAUGAGCGACGUUGCGAAGGAAGUGAAGAACGACUGAACAAACCCAACAGACGCGCCGCCGCGAUUCCUAACGUUCUUCUGUUUUUUGUAAUUGCUGUUGAUGUUGAACAUCUACAAUCGCCACCGCAAGAGGGCGCUUUAUAUACGCGACCAGAAAGCCACGGUACGCAUGUACUGGUCUCGGUGUGUUUCUGGUGCGACUGUACGGCGUUGAGUAAAUACAUGUAGGCAGCCACAUCGGUGUAUGAGUAGUAUAUCACGAUAGGAGCAAUAUCUGGAAUAUAUCCACAAUAUAAUAAAAUUACCAAUAUAUAAUAACUAACCGAUA